AUGACUUUACGAAACAAGCAGUUCGGUGUUUCUAGCAGCGGCCUUCAUUCAAUUUUGAUUUUCAUUCAAGAAUCAAGUUUGACUGAAGAGGUGUCUUCAGAAUCUGGAAGAAAACUUUUGCAGAACUUAAUUAGAGAAGGAUCUACAGAAAACGGUUUUCAACAAAAAUCUCAGGGGAGAAAGGAUAGAUAUGCUAGCAAUUCUAUAUUGACCUCAAAAGAGCUGUACAUGGCAGUGCCAGUUUUCUUUCUUUUAUGUUGUGCCGUACUUUGUCCAUGCUUUCGUGCAAGGAAAAAGGGAACUCAAAAUGCUGAUCUUGACGAGGAGAAAAAUUCAAUGGAUUCAAUCUUGUCUGUGCAAAUGAAUUCUGUUUCUGAAAAGAUACCAGGCAGGCCAUUCCGAGUUGCACCUAGUCCUCUAAGAUUUUCCAUGUCACCGAAACUUAAUGAGGUUGGAUCGGUUCAUCUCAAUAUUGACCAAAUUGCCAGAGCAACACACAAUUUCUCCCCAUCACUAAAAGUAGGUGAAGGUGGGUUUGGAACUGUCUACAGGGCUGAACUACCAGAUGGCCAGGUGGUCGCUGUAAAACGAGCAAAGAAGGAAUUCUUCGUAGCCUUGCGAACUGAAUUUAGGAGUGAAGUUGAACUUCUGGCUAAAAUUGAGCACCGGAAUUUAGUCAAGCUGCUUGGUUAUAUCGAUAAAGGGGAUGAGCACCUGAUUAUAACAGAGUAUGUGCCAAAUGGUACACUUAGGGAACAUCUAGAUGGUGAGAAGGGAAAAAUAUUAGGUUUCAAUCAGAGACUAGAAAUCUCCAUUGACGUUGCUCAUGGCCUGACCUAUCUCCAUCUAUACACAGAAAAGCAAAUCAUCCACAGAGAUGUAAAGUCCUCCAAUAUUCUCUUGACAGAGAGGAUGAGAGCCAAAGUUGCAGAUUUCGGAUUUGCAAAGCUAGGAGAGAUAGACUCUGACAAAUCACAUGUUUCAACAAAAGUAAAAGGCACAGUUGGUUACCUUGACACAGAGUACAUGAGGACAAAUCAGCUCACUGCGAGUAGCGAUGUAUAUUCAUUUGGGAUAUUGCUGCUAGAAAUUUUAACAGGUCGUCGGCCUGUGGAAUUGAAGAGACCACCUGAUGAGAGGGUGACGCUUAGAUGGGCUUUCAAAAAAUACAAUGAAGGGAAGUUGAUGGAGAUGUUAGAUCCUUUAAUGAAGGAAGAAGUAGAGCAUGAAAUCCUGGUGAAAAUGUUUGGUCUGGCAUUCAUUUGUGCAGCUCCUAGACGAAUCGAUCGUCCAAACAUGAAAGCAGUAGGGGAGCAUCUGUGGGGAAUUAGAACGGACCGCUUGGGAAGUGGAAGAACAAAGUGA